CGUUCACACCAUCCACCUCGUGCUCCGUCUUGCCGUCCUGCCGCUUCGACACGAAAGAGUACUUAUCAAGAACGUCCACACGAAGUAACGACAGCCCCACCCUCGACGCAGACGACACGAUGGCAGCCGCCCGUCUCCCGAAAUUCACAGAGGUCCUCGCGACCGUCCACCGCUCCGGCGUCCUCGAGCUGCGGCUCAACACGCCCGAGAACCUCAACAGCAUGACGGUGAAGAAGUACCGCGACCUCGUCGACGGCCUCCACUUCGCCCGCGACGACAAGGACAUCUCGGCCGUCGUGCUCACCGCCAACGGGCGCUUCUUUUCCUCUGGCGCCGUGCUCGCCGGCCCGGACCGCCUGGCACCCAACUCGCCCGGCCUGCUCGGCGCCAAGGAGUACAUCUCGACGCUGAUUGAUUUCCCCAAGCUCAUUGCGACGGCCCUUCAAGGCCCCGCGUUCGGCAUCGCCGUCACCACCCUCCCCUACUUUGACCUCGUGUACGCUGCGCCCGAGGCGACCUUCACGACGCCGUUCUCGCGCAUCGGCGUCAACCUCGAAGCCUGCUCGUCGGUCACCUUCCCGCCCAUCUUCGGCCCGUCAAUGACCACCCGUCUACUGCAGCUCUCGCAGACCAUCAGCCCCAAGGAGCUCGAGUACACUGGCCUGUUCCGCGAGAUCCUGCCCAAGGAGGGCAUCCAGGAGGCAGUUGUUGAAAAGGUCGCGCAGCAGAUCGAAGGCCUCUCGCGCCAGUCGUUCGCGGUCUCCAAGAGCCUGCUCCGCUCGCCCGAGGUCCGCGCACACCUGCACUCGGUUAACGACAGGGAGAUUUCCGUGAUCAGCAAGACGAUGGAGACGGACGAGCACAAAGAGUAUCUCCAGAAGUUCUUUGACGCGCAGAAGGCCAAGUCGAAGAAGGCAAAGGAGGCAAAGUUGUAAACGCAGGCAAUGCAUAGUGUACAGGUU